AUGGUCAGCAGUACGUGGCCACAUAUUAUUUACUUUUUUGCGAUUUGCUUACACUUUCCAACCACUCUUGCAUUUUCCCUGAAACCGCCUAUUGUCGGAUCUAUACUUAAAACUUCUGCUGAUGAUCUUGAGAAAGUUCUAAGAAAAAUAGAGAAUCAACGCAUAUUUGCCUCAGAUGAUGGACGUAUUAGAUGGUCACCAAACGGCAAGUUGCUGUUGAUGACUGGAAAUGAUGUGGAAUUGAAAGAGGAUAACAGUGAAGACACUGAUUUGAUGAAAUCACUGAAUCGCAAUUGCCUCUUCUCACUGAGGAAUUGUUUACAUUUUUCAAUGAGGAAUGCGAAAACGAAUCAACGAUACCAACAAUACGUUGAGGGAAUGCAAACGGUUGUCGACGAAUUUCCAGCGAAUAAACGCAAUUGGUUGAAGCGAUUCACUGCUUCGAAAUUUUUGUAUAGAGCUUAG